UUCCCCCCCCCCCCCCCAUAACAGAUCUGGCUACGCCCACCGUCAAUAUGUCCCGUCACAAACUCCGUAAUAUGAAUAUUUGCUACUCGGACGUCGACCUUGGCGCAUCAGACGCCGACACAUCUGGACAUGCUCGCUUGCAGGAUUUCCUGGAUCUCUGCUCUGCAUAUCCCACCAACUUGUCAUUAUCCCUGCAUUUACCAUAUGGCACGUACUGCCGAAGUCUGAAACCCACUGACACAGUGGCCCCCGGCGUGCACACAGUCCAUCCACUUCGAUACUCCUUAUCGAGCUUCGAGGUUGCUAGCGUGUCCUCGAGAUAUGCACUACAGUUGCUAACACUGGUCAAUCCGCGAACAUGCCAUCGACUGCGAAAAUUGGGUAUCCAGCUCGCGGACGGACCGUGUGCAGAACUUAUGGCGGAAGUUACCAGCAUACUGCAAUUCUUCGGAGCUGCACUCGAGGAUUUCCAAUGGGUUCAUAAGCAAGUUGAAGCUUUCGAAGCUGCCAUACCGCGAUUAUCAGCGAACACAUCACUGGAGCAUCUGCGCAUAGUCUUUACACUUCCACCGUCGCCGCAGACAAUACAAAUGAUGUUCGCUGCCUUGCUGUCCGACAUCACCAGCUCGCACCUGCGGCAAAUCAAUUUUCUCAUUUAUCUUGAACGACCCGGAUAUCACCGGGACGCAAAUGUGGUCCCUGUCUCCCCAGCAUACACGACAACUUCUAUCCCCACAUUCCACGCCAUGCUUUCUCGCGGUAUCUAUGACAGGCUUCCAAAGAAUGGCGUAUCUAUCCACUUCUGCCGGUCGGGAAUCUUCAUACCAAUGCUGGAGGAUGGGACCGUGAUGUCUGGGAUCAAAUCCCACAUGUCCGCUCUCUUUGCACCGUGGCUGAGUCGAGGAGUUCUGGAUAUCAAGUUCGAACACGACUUUAACUGGCCCUAGAAUUCACUCUGAGGUGAGUUCCAUUGCUUCGUUAUCCAGACGCCUGGCUGCGACCUGCUCGGUGCGCUAAUCAGCUCAACCCAGAUCGCAUCG